GAGAAGGAGACGGCAGGACCCCAAGCGCUGGGGAAAAGCAAAAAGAGCUGCAGGGUGCAACUCAAGAACUUGUCUUCAUCUGACUUGCAUGUGAGAACUGAUUUGGUGGGAAGGAAUCUAAAGCCAUCACCAUGGAAUUUGUAAUGAAACAAGCAUUAGGAGGGGCUACCAAAGACAUGGGCAAAAUGCUGGGUGGAGAAGAAGAGAAGGACCCAGAUGCUGCCAAGAAGGAAGAAGAACGCCAGGAGGCCCUUCGGCAGCAGGAAGAAGAAAGGAAAUCGAAAUAUGCCAAGAUGGAGGCUGAAAGGGAAGUCGUGAGGCAAGGGAUUCGGGACAAGUACGGAAUAAAGAAGAAGGAAGAAAGGGAAGCAGAGGCCCAAGCUGCUCUGGAAGCCAAUGCUGAAGGGAGUCUGACACGCCCAAAGAAGGCUAUCCCCCCAGGCUGCGGCGAUGAGGAUGAGGAGGAAGAGGAGAGCAUUCUAGACACCGUUAUCAAAUACCUGCCUGGUCCCCUCCAGGACAUGUUUAAGAAGUAAACAGCUACAGACUGCCAGCCUGUCCAUGGACAGUAACACAAUGGAUUUCUCAUUGAUCAAAUGGGGAAUUGAUACUUGCCACCCAUCACGCAACCUCUUCCCACCCGCUACGUCAGUCCCUUGUCAUUCACUCAAGCCCCGCUCCUAAUCUCCUCCCACCCUCUCCCAUCCAUUCCUUAAUUUGUACAUGUUCACAUCUAGUAGAUGCCUCCAAGUGGAUGUAAAGAUUAACAAGCUGCAGUCUACACAACUUUUUAUUAUUAUAAAGCCAUAGUUCUGCAUAUGUUAAAUAAAGGCAGGUAUACAUUAAGUGGAGGAAAGGGACUACAGCAUGCUUGCUUUCAUCUCCCAGCAAGAGGGAGCAUUCACCCACAAUAAAGGACAGGUGGCAAAUAUAUAGUCCUCAUUUAUUGGGUUUAUAUCUAACAGAGAAUCAGGCCACACCAGUUGUCCAUAGCAUUGGAAGCCCAUCUGUAGGGCUGAGCUGAAAGUAUUCAUUGUUUUUUGGGCAGUAUCAAAAAAACCCUUCCUCUUUUUGGUGUUGCAUGGGGGCAGUGCCUGUAAAAAUGUUUGCUUGUUCAUUUACACUGCCUACCCUUGUUCUCCCUCCCAGUUGACUUGGUUUGCCCUCACUGAUAUCACACAGACAAAUCUGAUCUGCUACAUAACACAGUGAUCUUGUCAUAUGCACUGUGUGAUCUCUGAUUGGCUGGGAUCACUAAUAUGAUUAAUCUAAGAAGUGUUCCUAUUCCACUCCCAAUUUACUUUUCCCCCCUUCAGUAAUGCCAUAAAAAUGUCAACUAUGAUUGGCUACAUAGCAAUAUGACAUCAUCCCAGUCACGAUCACUGUUAGGCUGUGAUCACCAACUAACUCUAGCAGGCAACAGAAGCAGGUGGGAAUAGCAGAUAAGCAGAGCAGCUAAGGACACAAUGGCCAUGAUCACAACCAUAAAAAAAGAGAAUAUUCUCACAAUCACUGCUUUGGAAGAAAUAUUUCAACAGCUCCAAAUCACUAUUUUUGGUCCAAAAAUGGAAAUGGGAGAAUAUUCAGCACAGCCCUACUCUUCUAUACUAGAGUAUCUCCAGCUCAUAUGGAAACAAAUGUUUGUUUUCUAUUACUUCCAUUAUUCAUCAUCACUGAUAAGAAAUAAUUUGGAACCUGGACCAUUUACUACUCAUAUUUCCAACCCAGAUGUAAGAGGACUGGAAG